AUGGCCGAUCCUGUGCUUUCGCCAAUGCAGCCCGUCGAACAAACAACGGCUUCAUCAGUCGAAGCAAUAGCACCACCGAUGGAGAACGGGACCAGCACAACGAUAGUCGAUCCAGACGUAGAGAUGGAGGACUUAAAGCUGAUACCCACGGAUCCACCUGCGCAAGUUCCCGAAGUUUCUGAAGCUCCAACAAUCGAAGUUCCUGCUGUAGCAACGCCUGCAGCAGCACCACCUACGCCCGCAGCUGCUCCUACGCCAACACGUAAUUCUCCGCACCCGAGCGCAACAUCGCAAGCUCCCUCACAACCGUACCCACAUGGGAGUCCUACGAGAGUGUACCUGAACCAGCAUGUCACGCCGCACUUGCUUGAGGCUAUGAAGCAUCUCGCUGCGACAGAACCGGAAAAGCCCCUGAAAUACCUGAGCGAGUUCCUGGCGCAGAAGAGUGCUGAGCUUGAGGGCUGA